AUGGAGGCUUCAAAGGAGGCACCUCUCCAUGAUGUUGAGGCGAGGGGGAUCUUCAGAGGAGCCCCUGUCAUAAUCAAGGGUCUGCAGAAGAAGCCGGAGUACAACGGCAAGAAAGGCCUGGUCACAGGAGGCCCGUAUGACACUGGCCGCUUUGAGGUCACGAUUCAGACUGGGAGCAACACCGGCUACUCUGAUGCCAAGGUGCUCGCCUUGGAACCUUCCAAUUUCCAGCUGGACUUGGAUGCUUUGCAGGAGUAUGUCGUGCAGAAGCGAAUAGAGAAGGCUCGCCGCGAUCCUCCGCUCGAGGACUUGGCAGCUCUCUGGACGAAAGGUAAGGGCUUAUCUGCCAGAAGUCUUACAUGGAAGAGGCCAAAGGUGCCGGAUUUGGGGCAAGGGGAAGUGCUACUUCGGGUAGACAAGUUUGCAUUUAGCCACAUGGCGUUGGGAUACCUGAUGAAAGGCUUCACACGAACUUUCGGUGCCUAUCACAACUUCUACAAAUGCCAAGAGGAGAAUGUGUACCGCUCUGCCUGCUGGGGCUUCAUGACGGUGAUGGAGUCCACUCACCCGAAGGCCACUAUGCCGAUGCAGCUGGAAGCAGUUCUGGCGAAGCGGGAGAAAGCCGAGAAGGAGCACAAACCUGCCCGGCCACCAAACGUGCUUGUUGACGGAGUGUAUGUCAGAGGGUCCGCGGAUCCCAAGCAGAAGCCGGUGCUGCGUCAUGUGAUCGUGAAGGAUCUCAACAAGGUCGCGGCGCAGCUCAAGUACGAGGUUCCAACGACGGGUCUUUUCGAGAGGAAGCCACCCAUGGGCUUGUACUGCGUGUUCGACGGCCUGUCCAGAGCCGGAGUUGGAGUUGCUGGACCUGCGUCCGCUGAGUUCUGCGCACUGAACUUCCACAUAGCGCUUCUGAACUCACUAUCGGAGUUGAGGGCUGGCACUCCAUCUGCGGCGUCUGUUCAGACUGCGGUGGCGAAAAGCUUGGAAACCCUCGAUCAAGAGCUCCUGAUAAGGAACCCGGAGAUUGCCGACGGAUGUGGCGCAGCAGUGGCACUGCUCGUGCGGGAUCAUCUCUUUGUCGCCUUCAUGGGGCGGUGUACAGCGGUGCUGUGUGAGGUCACUGAUGACGGCAAACGGGUGGCAGUGAGACUUGGGAAAGGAGCCAGAGCUGGUGGUGUCGGAGGAGCUGUGGUGACAUCUUCUCCAGAUGUGCAGACGGUGUACUUGGAGAGCCCCGAGCGACAUCCGUUUCUGGUGUUGUCAUCUUCGGCGAUUCCCCUGAAAGCUGCAGAACUACUCGCUCUCGCAGAGGACUUUUCCGUGCAGCCGCGGGCCUUUUGCGGGGAGGUUGCUUCGCGCGCCUCAGAAUUGGCGAAGUCGCCAUGCACGGCAGUGCAGGUGAACUUCCUGCCGGAGCCCUCCCUGCAGGCUGAGGGACAUCCCCCGCCCGCCAAAAAGGCGAAGGUUGGCCUAAGCGGGCCUUCAGGAGUGGCCUCUGAGCUCAUAUUAGUCAAAGCCACGCAGAGUAUGCGGCUCAGGCAUAUCCUGGUGAAGUUCCAUGAAGGCACCAAGCCGGCCGAGGAUCCCAAGGCCCCUUGGGCCUCCCGGACGAGGGCAGAGGCGGAGCGCCUCCUUCGCGGCGCAAUUUCGGAGAUACGGCAGGAUCGGAAGUCCUGGACAAAGACACCAAAAGAUGUGACGGAGCUCAUAUCAUUGAGCUCUAAGAAGUUCAUAGAGCUUUGCCGAAAGCUCUCCGACUGUGAAACUGCGCAGAAGGGGGCUCUGGCUUGUGGUGACCUCGGCUGGGUCGCUCCAGAGGCUCGGGCUGCGAUGAGCGAGCACUUCAAGGAGGUGUGCGACAUCUUGCAGCCCGGUCAGUGGAGUGAUAUCGUAGCCUCACACCAAGGUUUGCACUUGGUGCAGCGAGUGGCUGUUGGAACGAGGCUCUACGGCCUCGUGCCGCCGGCAAGGUACCAGGUUCAGCCUGUCGGUGGCACGAUUCCACCGGGAAAGAAAGGAGAGCCUGCAAUGGUGGAACUUGCCAUGGAAGAGAUACCCUUCAACUUGCGGCGCUUCCAAGAAAUGGAGGUUUCUGAGGGCCUGGAGCCGCACCUGGAGGACUGGAUCGUGGCGACCAAGGAAAUCUACACUAUGGCAUAUUACAUGGAUGAGCAGCUCUUGGUGGAUACUGGGAUGAUCAGCUGUGUGCUGAUCUCCUGCGCCUCUGCGAAGACCGCGCUCGCUUUGGCCUUCUGUCUUCGGAUGAGAGACAUGAGGUAUGUCUUCGGACUGACUUCCAAGGAGCAUCUCGAGUUUGCGCGAUCCACGGAUCUCUACCACGAGGUCUUUACGUACGAUGAUGUGGAUUCACUUCCAAACACUCACACCGUGGUGUACAUGGACUUCAAGUGCGAUGGCGAGCUCCGCCAACAAAUUACUCUCAGGAUGGGAACGAACCUGAUGUACAACAUGGUGAUCGGUCCAGCUGUCUUCCAGAAGAAGAUGAAGGAUCAGGUCUUUGAGAAGCGUGCUCGGGAAGUUCUCUUCGACGAAUCUUCCUGGCGCGAGCGACGUCGCAUGGUGGCCGAGGUCACGAAGACCGGACGGAAUGAGAAACUCAAGCAUUCCUACCAGGCUUUCAUUGACCGCAUGAAGAAGAUCAUUGCAGUCAAGCAUGUCAAUAGCGUGGAUGGAUUCGCGGCCAUGUAUGACAGCCUGUACAGCAAUGCCGCUUCUCCCUCGGACGUGCACGUCUGCUGCUUCCAUGAAGAUGCGGCAGUUGACGAGAUCUGGAAGGAAUAG